AUGCACGUUGUUGGUGACAAUCAGAUGAAUCACGUAGCAGCACGUCGACUACAAAUAACAGUCGACCGAUCACCUUGUCCUCCUUAUUCAAAACUUGUAUAUGACGGUGUGGUUGGUGGACUACAUUUUAACCAUCCUGGUGGCGGAAGUAAUCUCUUGUGCCUACCUAACGACCCCAUUUGGGCCAAUUAUACGACAGAAGUUGAAAAAGGUGGUUACAUUUAUGGUAGUGAAUAUCAAUUAGAUUUAUACCCAACAAAUAAACUCUUUUCUUUUGCUAACGCUGAAUCAAUUCAUCAACACAACGUUCCGUGCGCUGUCUGUUUGACACGACAACCUGCUGUUGUUAUGAUGUUACCAGCCAGGACAAAGUGUUACGCUGGUUGGACAGCUGAGUAUUCGGGAUAUUUGAUGAGCGAGUAUUAUAAUGCAAAGGGCAGACAUGAUUAUGUGUGUGUGGAUUAUGCACCAGAAGCUGAUCCAGCGGGUUACAGAAACGAAGAUGGAGCUCUACUGUAUUUCGUUCAGGCUGCUUGUGGUUCAUUGCCAUGUCCACCGUAUGUCAAUGGUCGAGAAUUAACCUGCGUUGUGUGCAGUAAAUACUGAAUAGAAUUUACAUUCGUUUCUAUAUGAAAAUUUAUGUCGGCGAAUCAUAAAAUAUAAUAUAAUAAAGCAACAUAUACGUUUCUUGUAA